GCUCGCCGCUCAAGCAUGUGCAGUCGUAGUGUCGUCGUGACGGUGGCGCCCGGACGCGCUCUUCUCCUGCUCCACCUGCUCCUCGGCGUCGGCCCGGGGAUCUCCGACUCUCACGCGAGCAAAUUCGACGCCGACUACCCCCUCCUCGCCGCCAGAUGCAAGUCCAGCUGUUUGCUCCGGCUCGCCAGGGCCCCCGCCAAAUUAUUGAAACUACCUGAGUUUAAACACUGCGCGGAGGAAUGCCUGAAGACGCGCUGGACCAAAGCGGGCGACUGCGGCGACGCGAGGGCCGCGGCACUGGGCAGCGGCGAGGACGUGGACGCGGACGCGGUGUUCCUGGAAGCCUGCGUGGCGGCCUGCCGCUCGGACAUGGACUGUCCGGGAAUCACCGAUAAAUGCUGCCCGCACUCGUGUGGCGCUUCCUGCCGAUCCCCGCGCGGACUAAUUAGCAAUCCAGAUUUGCCAAGGAUCCCGGAAAACGUGACCAUCACGGAGAAGUUGGAGAAGAACGCGACGCACGAGACGCUGGACGCUUUCGGGAGCUGGAGCGUGGGCGGGUCGGAAAAAGGCCUGGUGUUCCUGGUGGAGGCCCGGCACCACCCCGGCUGCAACUUCUCCGAGCGGAAGCUCGGCCCGUGGACCCUCGUCCGGAGGGAGAUCCGACCCAGGGUCAACCUCAUGAGGGACAUGACCUACGGCCGCUGGUACCAGAUACGGGUCGCCGCCGUCAACGAGAAUGGCACCAAGGGAUACUCCCUCCCUUCCAACCACUUCCAACUCUCUUUCGAGCCCAUGGGACCAGAGGCACCAACUGGAAUCACGAUUCACUCGGUAGCUAUGGUGAAUGGAUCUGUGUGGGCAGAGCUGAGAUGGAAGGCUCCGAAUUCUAGUCUUCCGAUCACAAGAUACAGAAUCAGUUUAGGACACGUGCUCGGGUCUAGCUCGGAAUCUCGUAGUGCGGAUGUGUCAUUCAUCAGGGACUUUUUCGUGCCAAAGGAUCAACAUAUUUUCUUCCUGAGAGAUUUGACUGUUCCAAAAGAAUUCAUGGUUCAAGUGCAAGCCUAUUCCAAGUACUGCGAGAAACGGUUGACGGGCCUUACUGGCGACUUGAGAUUUUUCAUAGAAAGAGGGGCAGAUGAUGAGUUGCUGUGGUUCGCGGAUACGGGCGAGAUGCUGAGUCCGAAGAAGUUGUUGAGUCUGGAAGAAAGCCUCAGCAAGCCGAAAGUCGACCGCAAUCGAUUCCGAUGGAAAGAGGGCGAACUCAGGGCGCACGUUCGAUGGACAUGGUCCCGCAAACAGAGCAACCUCACCUUCGAGAUCAUCUGGCGGCAAGUGGGCCUCGGACCCAGGUCUACCUUCGCUGCAACCACCGAUAAAACAUACUAUGAAAUCGGCAGUCUCCGUUUCAACUGCAAGUACAACGUAACUCUCAAAACGCAGUCAUAUAUGAAGCUCCACUCUACCUUCACAGUUUUUAAGACACCAUCAUGCGAAGAUUUGAGCAAAAGUAAUGAGGAAUUAGACUGUAAAUUAAUUAAGGAUCUAAAUUUUAGCAAAAAUCUAGAUAAGUGACAUGUAUCCUUGCAUCAUGAGACCUCAUAUCAACGAGUAGAUUGCCACGAUAGAAUUGAAAUCAACUUUUACUAAGAGGAAAACAAAGACAUUCUACAUUCCGUCCAUUUUAAAUGCUCGGCAUGUGACUACGAAUCAUAUCUGUGUUAGUUACCACGCACGCAAGAAUCCCUCUUUUGGAACAGGACAUUUUUUCCCCACGGACAAUACGUUAUGAAACUUUAAAGGGUCGCAAAGGUAAUUUGGAGUGAAAUUUUUUAAAAAAUCCUUAAACCUUUGGAAGAGGGGUUCUCUCCUUCCCCUUAAAGUAUCAUUAAAAUAAUCAAACCUCUGAAAAAGCUGUAUUUAAAGAGAGAGCGUCACGGACAUUAGCUUUUCCCUGGUAAAAGCUCUUUUUAUGUUGCUCUUUUGGAGGUUUAAUUAUUUUAUUGAAACUUUGAGGGAAUAGAGGGAGCCCCUCUUUUAAAAUUUUUAUGUUUUUUUAAAAAAAAAUUGACCCUGAAUAAUCAUCACUUUAGGACACUUUAAGGUGUCAAAAUUUAAUGUCCGUGACGAAAAGAGCGUAUAACUUUUCAUUUUGAAAAUCAUGUGGCAGUUGCUCAAAAAAUUAUUUUGCACCUGUUUGCCGCUUUCAAGACAGCUUCAGCUUCACUCGUGGUGAUCCCUUCAAAGCGCACUUCUCAUUUUCACUUCAUUUCAUUUUGUCCUGAUAAUGCGAUUCUUUGAUUCAGACAAAAAGCCAAUAUAUGUAUAUUCAGACCAAUAGAAAGUGAUUGAAUUUUGGGUGUAAACAAGGCUAAUAAUCUUUUUAAAACAUUAAAAAGGCAGAACGUUUAGAGCCGUUAUACCAGCUCAUUUCCGGUUGCGAAAACGAAAAAUAAAAAAAAAAUUGAGUGACGACGAAACAUUAGACGUUAUCACGUAGCCCCGUAACCAUAGUGGUUACGCGAUAACGUCUGGAGUCUGGUUGUCACUCAAUUUUUAAUUUAUUUUUUGGUUUUUCGCAGCUGAAAAUGAGCAGGUAAUGGCUUAAAACGUUAUCUGCCUUUUCAGUGCUUUAUAACAUUGUUUAGCCUUGCUUACCCAUGCUUUAGUCUCUUUCUAUUGUAUUUGUAUAUUUGGGCUAUCCUUUUGUGUGCUUUCUUGUAUUCAGAGUUAUAGAAGAGAGUGCAAUUCUUUAUACAUGGCUCUCAGGAUGCCACAACUGAAAAAGUUCAUCAAAUUAUUAUUGGUGUGAACGAAUGGACGAUUUCAUCCACGCAAUGUUACAAAUUCAUUUGCUCUUGCCGUGGACGUUAAACCCAGAAUCUGAUUAAAUUUUCUCGAGCAGAACAAAUAUAUUUCAAAAUGAAAAGUACGCAAAUAAUUCUGGAAUUUCAAGAAAUUUUCUUCCACCCACGAAUGAGAACCGUGCAUGAAAAUAAUCUCCCCAUGUUAAAGUAAUUACAAUAUUUAUAACUGUAAGAUAUUCGAAUCUAAAUCUUAUUUCAUCUAUUCACCAUCAGUUGGCUAUACGGAUUUUGUAAGACACGUGUUUUGUUAAAAAAUGCAUUCGAAAUAAAGAAGUGUGAGGAAUAUUUUUUAAUUAUUCAUCAUAGUAAAAUUAUAGUGAUUUUGAAAGCU